GUAGGCAUACAUAAAACACAUAUAGUUCCAGCAUUGCGUUCCUAAACCAAGUGUAGACGAAGUAACGCAUUAAAUAUAAACUUUAUCCUAUUAAAAUACGAUCCACGAUUCUACCAAGUGUAAAUUCACUAACUAUGAAAAAGAUUGAGAGCGAAGUGCGUUUCUGUUUAGAACAUUACUUAUUUUUAACAAUAGGAUAAUUCGUGGAAGGGUCGGCUUAUAAUAACUUGCACAAAGGAAAAUAAUAGUUUUUCUUUACAUUUUCCCUACAAUUUGUUCUAUUAUCAGGAAAUUAUCAUCCCAACUGAGUAAGCAAGGCGUUGUAGACUUUGUCCUAUCAGGUUACUAUGAUAUUUAGUUCCCAUCCCGUUAUACGCCUCGAGGUAGGACACCGUCACUUCUGACGCUAAGGGCACGGGGCCAUUUAGUUCACGAAGCUUUUACACUCUUCGCACAGAUUCGCGAGGAGUUGGGUAGGUACGCGAGGAGCGGCAGGACGUACCCAAGGACAUCCGGAAAUAGGAUGGAGAUGGAGACCUUUAAUCACAGACUUAACACAUAUAUUGACUCAUGGAUGGGCCCCAGAGAUCCUCGUGUGAAAGGAUGGUUUCUGCUAGACAACUACCUACCCACUCUAGCUUUUACCAUCACAUACCUCUUGAUUGUGUGGAUGGGGCCCAAGUGCAUGAGGAACAGGAAGGCGUUCUCCUGUCAGAGGAUUUUAGUGGUGUAUAACCUGGCCCUCAGUCUGCUCUCCCUUUACAUGUUUCACCAGCUUGUGACCGCUGUCUGGCAAGGUGGAUAUAACUUCUUCUGUCAAGACACUCACAGCGCCGGAGAGGCUGAUGACAAGAUCAUCCACGUACUGUGGUGGUACUACUUCUCCAAGGUCAUCGAGUUCAUGGACACAUUCUUCUUCAUCCUGCGGAAGAACAACCACCAGAUCACCUUCCUGCACGUCUACCACCAUGCCACCAUGUUGAACAUCUGGUGGUUCGUCAUGAACUGGGUGCCAUGUGGCCAUUCUUAUUUUGGCGCUACGUUCAACAGCUUCAUCCAUGUGCUCAUGUACUCCUAUUACGGGCUCUCUGCCAUUCCUGCUAUACGACCAUACCUCUGGUGGAAGAAGUAUAUAACCCAAGGGCAGCUGAUCCAGUUUGUUAUGACCAUGAUCCAGACAGCUUGUGCUGUGGUCUGGACGUGCGGUUUCCCAAUGGGUUGGUUGUAUUUCCAGAUCAGUUAUAUGAUCACUCUCAUCAUUCUCUUCAUGAACUUCUACGUAAAGACCUAUAAGAGACGUGGAAUCACUUGGGAAAAGGACUUCGGGCAUGGUGCCAUGUCGUCCCACAACGGCCACAUGAACGGGGCUGCUUCAUCAGAGGAACUAAAACAUAGGAAGCCAAGGGCUGAUUGACCAAUUGUCCAGUAGCUUUCUGAGUCGUCUUUUGAUCCUCAUGGUUUAUACGUCUGUGUAACAUUGCUGUCAAAGUGAUGAUCUAGGACUUUGCACCACAAGAGCUUAGUAUAUGCACUAUAGAGAAAAAAAACAAAACAACACAACUGAAGUUUUAAUCUUUAAGAGAUUCCUAACAGUUUGCAUACUAUAACCUGUUAUUGUUCAUAUUGAAUCAAAGACCAUAACACUCAGAAAGGAGAGACAGGGUGAAGUAAAAGUAAAAUUACUUAAUUUUAAAAACAGGGUUCAAGUUACAUAGGACAUUUUUAGUAUCAAAGGUGAAUUAAUUUCACAAAAUUAAACUUAUUUAGCAUUCUAACAAAGUCUUAACAUUUCUAAUAGAUGUAGGAAAAAGCAUGGAUUUAGGGGGAAAAUGACUUCAUAGAAUAGACCAAAAAAACUUCAGCACUGUAUUAUUAUUGGAAUUAUAUCUUUAUUGGAAAUCAUUGUAAAUUAAUCAAAAUUAUUAAACAUGAUUCACUUGUGGAGAGGAUUGAUCUCAGCAAAAAAAAAAAAAAAAAAUCCAAAGUAGAAGAAAUUAUGUGAAGUUGGCAAGUUUGAUUUUGGGUCCUUUUUCCUGGUUGAUGAAACUUGUUAGCGAUUGUUGUAAAAGUGGACCACUUUUACAUUAUGACUGCUCUUGGAGUUGUUGCUUAUUUGUUUGUUUUUUGUUGUUGUUGUUUUAUAUUAUACUGUAGGUUUACACAGUAAUCAACUAAGAUGUAUUUCAAAUCAUUGUGUCCAGAGCAGUGUGACUUGGCAAAAAUGAAUCACCCAUUGGGAGGCUUAGUUGCUAACAAGACCUGACCUCCAAGACUGGAUGUUUAAACAGCAUUACAGCCAUUACAUACACAUUGAAAACUACCAAUAAAUCAUGAUAUAUAGUGUGUUUUUCAUAUUUAGUACUGAGAAGUGAUUAAAUGUAUGAGAUCUUAAUAAACACUAGUGCUUCAUAUUUCUAUUUUCAUUUUAGCAAAGUGGCAGCUGCUUGCAAAUGACACUAUAGAUGUGCACACUGUGUCUGUGCAGACACACACUGCUCUCAUUGACACUUGCUCUAAACUUUAUAGCCAUAGCACCAUUUCCAUCCUUCCAUUUUAUAGUGGCAAUCAGCUGCCACAUAGAUGUCAUAAUCCUCUCACCUGAUUGCUGAGGAUCAAGCCAGAAGCUAACCCAGAAGAGCCCUGUUUGAACUCGACUUGAUCAUCAAUUGCAUGGAUGAUGUCACUGGCAUCAUUUCUACUAUGCUGUAUAGGCCUAUGACAUGCGUUUUUUAACACAGGCAGGAUUGUAUCCAUGCUUUGGGUCCACAGAUCUAAUUGUAGAAUUGUUCUAAUUCAUCUCCAGUGUUUUCAAAAUAAGACAUCAGUGGUUUGAUUAGUGUACUAUUUUAAUUAGUUCGUAUGUUACUAAAGUAUCAUACAUUAGAAAUUAUAAAGUCAAUCAAGCCAUAAUGUGUCAACAAAUGAAACCAUGGAAAUUACCUUUAGUCAUAAUGCAUUCCAGUGCAAUGGCAAAUAAUGUGCUAAGAUGAAGCAACAAUAUUGUAUUCAGAGUGUUUCUUUCAGUGUAGCAUUGUUAGAAGCAUCAAAACUGAAAUUAGAAGAAUAGCUUUAAUUAGGAAUAGGGAACACAGAAAUAUUGAUUUUGAAGUGUGGAAAAAAAAGAAUAAUUCUGCACAACAAACAGAUAAUUUACCUGCUAAAGUUUAAUGUGCUAAUGUGUGACUCGACAAUUUGAGACAUUUGUUUCUUUGCCACUAAUGUAAAUUAACCAACUAAAGUCAACUUAAAAAAAAACUUUUAAAAUGAUCUCAAAAUUGCCUUAAAAGACAUCACGUCGCCAGUUUCUGUGAUUGUAACUUAUGUAUUUUCUUUGUAGUACUGUCACAAUAUUUUGAGUUGGUAAUAUGAUGUAGCCAGUAAAUGCCUUAAAUGCCAGCACUUGGGCCAAAAAUAUCCAUCUGAUAUCUGAUUCUUAACUCUGCAGUGCUGUGUCCCUCUAAGGUGUUUUAAUUGUAUUAAAAUCAGACAUACAAAGCUGCAAAGAAGCUGCAAUAGACACAGUGGUCUGUUUUAGUAGUUUGAAUAAAGACACUAGUGUUUA